AUGACAGAAAAAUUGAUUCCUGUUGUAAAAGCUGAUGAAGAAGAAGUUGAAGAGGAAGAAUUAGUGGACCCGCAGCAGCAACUUCGGGAUGUUUGCUCUCAGAAGCCUGAUGCCCAGAACCUCUGGGCUAAGUUUCAAGAGUGUAAUGAUCGUGUUAAUUCCCGUUCAAAUACUGCAGAGACAUGCGAGGAAGAGCUUAUCGACUACAUUCAUGUUCUAGACAAAUGUGUCAACAAAGACCUUUUUAAGAGGCUAAAG